GGGGCCGCGAUGCAUUUCAAAAUUGAUGGAAAAUCUGAAAAGUCCCAUAAUUUUUGAACGUGAUUGUAGGCAAACAAGUUCAAGAUGGAAAACAAAAUUACGAAUUUUUCUUUUGAGCUGAAAUAUUUCAAUUUGAAUGGUUUUCAAUUGCCAAGUACAAACUUUUGCUUAUCCACUGGUUGAGAUAAACGCCUUUCAAACCACCGGCCUCGCAACCAAUAUAAUAUUCCGGAAUUAUUAACCAACCACGUUUGGAAAUUUUUAGCAAUGGCGAAUAAUGAAACAGAGAAUAACAGCAUAGAAAAAACUUUAACUCUUGGAAAUUUAUUCCACCAAGAUCUUCCUCGCGCUAAUUUUCUCCCGAUUUUCCCAAAUUCCUUUAACGAUGCAUUUCGUUUUGUAAAUAAUGGAACAUACCGUAUUUUUUAUAUGCCUGAAUCAUCGGAUAUUUCGAAAGAAUUUCUGAUUCCUCUCCGUAACUGCUGUGUCGCUGGUAACGAGCUGCCCAUCUUAGUGCAUGAAUUACCAAGCGAAUUCCUCUUAGUUCACUGGAGGAAAUGGUGUUAUCUUUUUGUUGAGCCUGUGAUCAAGACAAUCGAUGAGGGGCUACAAGAUGACAAUAUCGUCAUCACGCUGUUUCCACUUGAAGCCAUUUCGAAGCAGAAGCACGCAGUCGAUCCGGAUAUGCACUAUGAUAUCCUGAAAAAAUCUGCAAUCCCUGAAACUGGUGCGCCGCAUCCUAAGUAUUUCAACGAAACUAAUGUUGAAUUUCCAUGUAUGAUCAAGAUUGACCAAAGCCUCAGUGGUUAUGGCAACUAUGUGGUGCAAAACCGUGAAGAAUUUCGGGAGAAGUUGAAAUGGAUCAUGGAAAGAUUUGGCUCCGAUGCUUGCUACGUCGUGUCUGAAUAUAUUCAAGAAGUACAAAGCUCUGUCGACUGUGGCUUCUACGUCACAAAAUCCGGAAACAUCAUAUACAUCGGAGUUCAAUGCGUUGAGAGUAAAGAUUUCAGAUGGCAUGGCGGAUCAAUUGACUGGGACAUGCAGGACAAGUAUAGGGAGAGAGUGUAUGAUAAAUUUGUGGUGCCUGUAGCGAAAUACCUACAUAACAAAGGCUUCUUCGGAAUGGCGGGUAUCGAGAUAAUUACAAGUCCCAAGGGAGAAUAUUUGGUGGACCUGAAUCCUCGUAUAAACGGAAAUACAGCGUACCUCAUCCUUGCAUCAACCAUGGCAAAAUUGGGACUGACAAAGUCCCGAUACGAAGUAUUUGUAACAUUCGAUAUCACAAGUGAGGAAUUGGUUAAGAAAGCGAAUUUUAUCAACGAGAAAAAUCUCAGCAGCAGGAUUAUAAUUAUGGCGGCUGUUGAUGAAGGCGAGAAAUGUCAUGCGGGCUUUUCAGUGUUUUGUGAUAGUGAAGAAACGGUCGAUUCUCUGUAUGCUAAACUCUGCCAAUAAUAAACCACAGACAAGUACAAAAAUGCGCUCUGAUUACGUUAUAUAAGUAAUUAGGUUAUCACAUGGUAGGUGAGGUGAUAUCAGUUUUAUCGCCCGAGGGACAAUAUUACAAAUCAGGAGCGAGCGCAGCGAACAAGAAACAACUGUAAUAUUGUCCUGAAGGCGAUAAAGCUUAUAUAACUGAGCCAAUCAUGUGAUAACCUGCAUGUUUAUCACAUACUUGUGCCUUUAUUCAGUUCUGGCUUUAAAUUUGACACAUAUUCAACAGAAAUAUGGCUUAAAUAAAUCAUUUUGGUAUAGCGGUAGCUUUUAAAUCCUUUUGUCUGAUUUUAAAUGUCUUAUGGAAAUUUUUGAACAGAAUAAAAUUGAUGGCCUCAAUAUGUCUUUCAGUGU